GACCUCCAGUCCUGCGGUGGCUGCGCGUCGAUCGGCAAGGGCCAGGACUGCACGGCCAUCGAGGGCGCGUGGAACGUCGGCUGCAAUUCCGGGAAGUGUGUCGUCUUCACUUGCGCUCAGGGCUACCUCCGGUCGCUCGACAACAAGUCUUGCGUCAAGGUCUGA